AUUAAUAUAAAUAUGGAUGAAGAAAUAUACUUUUGUAAACAUUGCGAUGGCUUGAUCGAAUCAUUUAAUGAAGCAGGCAAUCACCAAUGCUUUCGUGGAAAAGAACAUAUUUAUCAAGAUGAAGAAGACAACACAAUCUUAUUUGUUCAUAAUUACGAGAAUGAUAAUAAAGAAAACCGUGAAGAGCAAGUGUUUAACAACGAAAAGUCUGAAGUUCAUAAUCAUUUAUUAUCAGAUUACACUGCAUUUAUUGAAAGUGAUGAAGACUUAAGUCAAUCUGUAGAUUUUCAAACGGAGAGUAAUCCUAAGAAAAAUGCUGUGUGGACAAAGCAAGCUACGAUGGCAUUGCUUAGCCUAUACGAAGCAAAUUUACAGAUGCUUACGGAUAUUGGCAAGAAAUCAAGGGUGUGGAAGAAAAUAUCCGAAGGGUUAAAAGAAUUACGUAUACAGGUAACAGCAGAUCAGGUUAAGUGGAAAUUUAAUCGCUUAUAUAACAAAUAUAAAGAGUGUAUCGACAAUAACAAUAAAAGUGGAAGAGCUCAUAUGACAUUUGAAUAUUAUGAGCAAUUCGAAGAAAUUUUUCAUAAAGAGAAAAAGGUUUCCACUUCAAGUACAUUAUCUUCUUCGAUACUUACUACAGAUGAAAAAAAAAGGAAGCAUGAUAUAAUCGGAUCAAAGAACAUUAGUAAGAGUAAAAAAUUAAAAAUAGAUGCUAUAUCCAGCGAAAAGAAUCUACCACCAGUUGAUAAGUCUCCAAAACUCAAAACAACUCCGAUUGCAGACGUUAAACAAACUGCAAGAAACCAGCAACGCAUUCAAAGUAUGGAAAUUUUGGAAAAUAUUAAAGAAAACCAGAAGGCUAGAGAUGAGAAAAUGACUAAAUACUUAAAAAUGAAAGAGAAAGAAAUGGAUUUAAAAAAAAAAGCAAUCGAUGUUCGUGAAACUGAAAUGCAAGUUAAAAGAGAUGUUGCUACUGAAAAACUAAAAUUUAAUGAAAAGAAGCAUAAAGACUGGUUAAAUAUAGAAAAAUUGAAAUGUGAGCUUCUAAAAAAACUAUUAAAAAAUCGUACUGACAGCGAAGAGUCUGAUUAA